UUCUAAAUCGUCUCUGUUUCUUAUUUCGAUUUAUUGCAUCAAAAUUAAUUAAUUUUAAUUUUCAGAUUUUUUUUACCAUAACAUUAUUUCAUACUAGUAUUUUUAGUAUAUAUUUCUGUUGUAUUUUAUAGUAUUAAAAUUUGAUGAGGCAGGAGGGAGUAUUGCAAGUAAGAUCCGAAUAUGCAUUUAGCAGCAACUAUAUUAAUGAUGCCAGUUGUGGUCAUUAGUAUCACAAACAACUUCGCAGCAAAUAAAAUUUGAAUCUCGGUUAUAAUUAUAAAUUUCCUCUCAUGGUCAGCACUAGUUACAGAGAGAGGGCAUAAAAAUUGGAUCUUGACAACUAUAUUUCGUUUUCUGUUCAAUAUUUUCGGCGACAUUUUCAUGGUUAUGCUUCUUUGGAUCUGGGUUUUCUUGGUUUAUCCAAAAGGGAUUUUGGGGGAAAAUUUAUGGGCUUAACAAGUGAAGAGAAUUGCUUCUGAUACUCUGAUUUAAUAGCAUUUUGUGUUGGAAAUCCAGAGCCAUUUUGAGAUUUUUGGCUUAGGAAUUCACUGCCACUGAGUUGUAAAAAUAGGGAAGAAAGAGUAGAAAGUGAUUGUUUAUCUAUGAAAGAAAGGGAAAUUGUGAUUAAUAUUGAGAAUUGUAUGGAAAAUAUGAAUCAAGAAGGUGGGGUUUCUCCCAAUUCAGAGGUGUGUGGUAUGCCUAUGAGUGUUGAUGCAUUAGCCAUUGGCGAAAACUCGGUAAUCCCCUUGAGAAAUGGUAAGGAUGCUGGUGGGGUUUCUCCCAAUUCGGAGGGGAAAACGAGGAAGGAGAGGCGCUCGACGAUGAGUGCCAAGAAGCCUCCUCGGCCUCCCAGAGGUUUGUCGUUGGAUGCUGCUGAUCAGAAGCUGAUCAAGGAGAUCUCCGAGCUUCUUAUGAUGAAACGUGCUAGGAUCGAACGGAUCAAGGCGUUGAAGAAGGCGAAAGCAGCAAAAGGGAUGUCUUCGUCGGCUUCCUCUGCUGGCAACUUGAUAGCUAUGCUCUUCACACUUCUAUUUUGCAUUGUCAUCAUUUUCCAGGGGUGCCACCCUUGGGGGAAUUUUACGAGGAACAGCUCAGCCGUAGGCGACCCUAUUUCACCAAUGUCGUAUGGAGCGACAGAGGGCAACGUUCUUCCCCUUAAGGAUACACAAAAUUUGUCUAGCGGUAGUGUGCAUAUGUCGUAUGAAGUUGGAUCCCCAAAUCUACUGGUUCGUGGCUCAGAUAAUAAGGCCGGAGGUGGAAGAGCCAUCCAUUGAUACGACUGUUUCUGGGCAUUGAUCGUGUCCAGUCCAACAUUGAGAUCAUACGAUGCUAGGUGUGUGAGAGCGCAUCAGGGUACAUAAUGCAGUGUGCGUGCGUGUGUGCAACUGUAUGCAGACACGCACGCUGCUUUACGUGUAGCUAGGUAUUAUUACCUGGCUAAGAUCAAGGGAAGGCCAGGGUUGUGUGUUGAGUGAUUUUGUCUGAUUUCUGGCUGGCAUUAAGGAAUUCCAUGUGCUUAGAUCCAGGAAAUAAGUUAUGUACAUUUAUGUAUGUCCUAUACUUUAAUUACUGUAAUUGUUGCCAUGAAAAUAAAUAUGGAGUAAUAAGAUUUGAGCACUGUUGACUUGCUUUA